AUGCCAAAGCAGGUGUCACUUGUGUCACGUGGGCCAAAACAGACUGAGCAGCAGCGACAGUGUGAAGAGGAAGAACAUAAAUGUCAUUAUGUUGCCCUGGAGUCAUUACUGGUGAAGCAUCCAUUAAAAAACACCUGGACGAUGUGGUAUUAUAAGGUUAAAAGUAGCAAUGUUUGGAUGGAAUGUCAUACAGAAAUAGCCAGCUUUAACACUGUUGAGGACUUUUGGGCAGUGUAUCAUCACUUAAAUCUACCUUCAGAGAUUGAAAGAGGUUCUGGUUACUCAAUGUUUAGAAAGGGAAUCAAACCCAUGUGGGAAGAUAGCCACAAUUGGAAUGGAGGUCGCUGGCUUUUCACCAUACAAGAAUCAAAUGAGUGUCAAAAACUAGAUGAUAUAUGGAUGGAAAUGCAGAUUGAUGAAGAAAGGGACUUUGUAGUCAGAAUCCUUCAACCACUGAAAGUUGCACAACAAGAGGGAGCUGCAGUAAAAAAGAAACCAACCAAACACUAA